GGGCCGCGGGGGCCGGGCCAGGCGGCUCCGAGCCCGCCGCCGCCAUGCCCAAGGUGGUGUCGCGCUCCGUGGUGUGCUCCGACACCCGCGACCGCGAGGAGUACGACGAUGGGGAGAAGCCGCUGCACGUCUACUACUGCCUGUGCGGGCAGAUGGUGCUGGUGCUCGAUUGCCAGCUGGAGAAGCUGCCGAUGCGGCCGCGGGACCGCGCCCGCGUGAUGGACGCGGCCAAGCACGCCCACAAGUUCUGCAACGCCGAGGAGGAGGAGAGCGUCUUCCUGCGCAGACCCGAAGGCAUAGAGCGGCAGUUCAGGAAGAAGUGUGGCAAGUGUGGACUGCUGCUCUUUUACCAACACCAACAGAAAAAUGCUCCUGUGACGUUCAUUGUUGAUGGUGCUGUGGUCAAAUUUGGUCAGGGUUUUGGGAAAACAAACAUAUAUACUCAGAAACAAGAACCUCCUAAAAAGGUGAUGAUGACCAAACGGACCAAAGACAUGGGCAAGUUCAGUUCUGUCACAGUCUCCACAAUUGAUGAAGAGGAGGAGGAGAUUGAAGCGAGGGAGAUCGCAGACUCGUAUGCACAGAAUGCAAAAGUGAUUGAGAAGCAGCUGGAACGCAAAGGCAUGAGUAAGAAAAGGCUACAAGAGUUGGCUGAGUUGGAAGCCAAGAAAGCCAAGAUGAAAGGAACCCUGAUUGAUAACCAGUUCAAAUGAAAUGCUAUGUAUCUGCUGGGUAUUUGGAGACAGGAGAAAACUACCAAGAGCUAUCACAGUUCUGUCAACAAAGCAGAAGUAACUGACAGUGUUCAAGAGUUGCACUGUGCUGCAGCCAGCUUGGAGGAUGAGAACCUCUCCGGAUCCCUCUGUAUAAGUGAUACUCUGGGUACCAGUCUUAACUCCAACAGCAUUGGAGACUUUGUUCAAACUGCAGUUCUCUACAGACCCACUGUUAUGAGCAGGCUGUUCCAGGUAGAAUAUUUACUUUCAAGAAAAUCUUUGCUCGGUGCCUUCCCGAGCUCACCUUUAGAUAUCUGUCUUUUUAUUUUGUAGUUUUCAAAUGUGUUUCCUUGAAUACAUUAGGACAACAGGUCCAACAAAGAAAUCCUUACAAAAGUAAGCUCUAGUGCCUGUUGUUCAUUUUGUUAUUUUAAACUUGCACAAAAGGUGCAGCAGCCUGAGCCAUGCCACUCCAAUAUGGUCUGGAAUGACUGGGAUGCAAGGCUUGGGCAUGGUGUUGCUGCUCACCCUGACCUGCCAGCACAGACUGGGCUGCUGCACUGCAGUCUUAGCUCCUGCUGAACUUCACAAGGCUGCAGUUGUACAGAAUUACACUGUCACAACGGAUACAUAUCAGAGUGUAAAAUCCAAGCCUGUUUUAAACUACUGUAAAUAAAACCUGCUACUAAUGAGUUCAAA